AUGGCAGAGGGACAAGAGGACCCCAAAAAAAUUACGAUCACAGUGAAAACACCAAAAGAGAAACAACAAGUGGAGAUCGCAGAGGAUGCUGACAUUAAAAAACUCAAGGAAGUAUUGUCCCCAAAAUUCAGUGCGGAGCCAGAACAGUUAUGCUUGAUUUUCGCCGGGAAAAUCAUGAAUGAUUCGGAUACCUUGAAGCAACACAACAUCAAGGAUGGUUUGACAGUUCACCUGGUUAUCAAGUCUCCCCCGCGGCCGGAGCCGGAGGGAGCAGCGCGACGGCCUCCAGCUGAUGUUGGUGCCACCCCAUUUGGCCUGAAUUCCCUUGGUGGACUAGCUGGGCUUGAAAGCUUGGGCCUUGGACAGAGCACUUUUAUGGAUUUACAAGCUCGUAUGCAACAGGAACUUCUGUCCAAUCCGGACAUGUUGCGACAAGUUCUUGACAAUCCUCUGGUGCAACAAAUGAUGAAUGACCCUGAGAAUAUGCGCACUCUCAUUACAUCCAACCCACAGAUGCAGGACUUGAUGGCUAGGAAUCCUGAAAUCAGUCACAUGUUGAACAACCCUGAACUGCUGCGUCAGACUAUGGAACUGGCUCGCAACCCCGCCAUGUUGCAAGAGUUAAUGCGCUCGCACGACCGCGCGCUCUCCAAUCUCGAGAGUAUACCUGGUGGGUAUAAUGCACUGCAACGGAUGUAUCGAGAUAUUCAAGAGCCUAUGUUGAAUGUGGCAAGCAGUAUGGCCGGCAACCCAUUCUCUGGACUAGUUGACAAUUCUGAUGGCACAAAUCCCCAACAAGGCUCGGAGAACAGGCAGCCAUUGCCAAACCCGUGGCAGCGCGGUGGGUCGAACACAACAUCUUCUGGCGGUGGCACAGGGCCCGGACUCAUCAACACGCCGGGCAUGCAGUCGCUGCUGCAGCAGAUGUCUGAGAACCCGCGGCUGGUGCAGUCCAUGCUGUCGGCGCCCUACACUAACAGCAUGCUGCAGGCGCUCAGCGCUGACCCUGAGAUGGCCUCGCAGCUUAUCAACCAGAAUCCAAUGUUCGCAAACAAUCCGCAACUGCAAGAACAAAUACGCACAAUGAUGCCACAGCUUCUAGCCCAAUUGCAGAACCCGGAGAUGCAACAAAUGAUGUCCAAUCCACAGGCGCUGAACGCGUUGCUGCAGAUUCAGCAGGGCAUGGAGCAGCUGCGUGCGGCGGCGCCCACGCUGGUGACGAGCCUGGGGCUGGGCGCAGGCGCGGCCGCCGCGCCGCCGCCGCCGCCGCCCAACCCCGCGCAACCGCCUGCACAGCAACGGCAGCAGCACAACUCCGAGCUCUUCACACAGUUCAUGCAGCGGAUGAUGUCGGCCAUGUCCAACAACCAGACCAACUCGCAGCAACCGCCCGAGCAGCGCUACUCACAGCAGCUGGAACAACUCGCUGCCAUGGGAUUCCUCAACAGGGAUGCUAAUUUGCAAGCUCUGAUCGCGACAUUCGGCGACGUGAACGCGGCGGUGGAGAGGCUACUGGCGCUGGGCCAGCUGUCCAUGAGCUAACACUUGCGCGCCCCCGCCCGCGCUCGCCUCCACUGCAGUGGCUAAUGCUCGCUUACACCAACUAAACUACCGACCGACGACCAUUGUCUUGAUACAAACAUGCAUUUAUUAUCCUUACACUUCUGUUAUACAUUAUUUAUACUCAAAUAUGAUUACUGGAAAAUUAUUAACAUUGAUUUGUUUAAUUAAUUAUUAGCAAAACGGUCUUUAUUUAUUUCAGAAAUGAAAUACUGAUCAUUUAAAAUGACGGUCGUAUUUGUUUUCAAUAUUUGCGAUAGUGUCGGAAAUGUUGGUUUAUUAUUUCAAUCCAUGUUUGUUUCUGCAGACAAUGGUGCCCCUCUUAUUUCUUUAUUUAAUGGUUUUGGGGAAGAAUUGUAGUGUGAAUAUUUGCCCUAUUGUGCUUUAGGAUAAAAAUAAAAUGACGCUAUCGGAAUAAUUUAAAACAAUUGAUUUAGUCUUACAUAUAUCCGUGAUUUAUUUAUGACAUUUUUUAAUUUCGAGGAUCACGCAUUUCCAUAGCGACGUUUAAAAAAAAUAUUAUAAAUUAUUAUCCGUAUAAUACAAUGGUGUAAGUAAAUAUAUAAUAUUUAGUAAUUUUCUUUAAAAUUAUAAUAGUAUAUCUGUGACUAACAUCACGGAGUUUAAGGUGUUUCCUUUGCAUAUUUAAUGUUUUAUUCAUUCCUUUUCGUCUUAGACACUAUACGCAAAAUUAUUGUUUAUAAGUAUCAGUCUAUAGUUUCACGCAAAAUGAGAAUAAUCACUCGAUUUUGUAUUCAUGUAUAGAACCAUAUGUGUUUUUACGGUUUAAUUUAAUAUUUUCUUGUUAUGUAUUUUUUACAUUGUGGAUUCACGAGUUUGCGUAAAGCUACGUAUAGUAUAGGUUUAUGUAAAUAGUUUUGCUUUGCCACGACGAAAAAAAGAGAAAAAUAUAAAAACUUCACACUAUAAAAUCUUGUCUAUAUGUGUAUUUGUUAUAGCAAGUUUGAUCAUUCAUUCCUGUGCUGUCUUAAGAGUUAAACAUGAAAUUCGUCACAAACAAAGUUAUUGUCAAGCAAGGCUUGGUGAUUUCCCGCCGUAUAAAAGAAAGGUCUGUACUUUCUCUUAAGCGUAUUAUAUUGAUCUUAGAAAAAGCAGCCAACUGCACCAAACUAGUUUGAUUUGUUAUUAGAUGUAUAAUAUAUACAUUUGCAUUCAUUCAAUCUAACUUUUGCAACUAUUUUUCAUAUCACAAUGUGGUGGUAAAACUAUUUUGAUUUAAACUAUUGUUUUGUAGCCUAUUGUAGUGGUUUAUAUUAAAUAAAAUUUAAGUUGUAAAAAGUAUGGAAGAAUACUAUUGCUCAGGUUUGUAAGGAAGGAAGUAUGUUCAAAUGCCCAGAAAUUUAUCAAAGUAAUAAUGUUUUGUUGUGCAGUAAUGAAUCAUCAUGGAUGCAUUGGUUUAUGUUCAUUUUAAAUACAGAAAGCUAUAGUUUGUCCUUACAACAAUUUGCUGAGAAUAGCAUUCCGAUUUAAAGUAACAAAAAGAUUUUGAUUUUUUUUCAUGUCCAUGGUUGUCUAGAUAUUUCAUAAAGUAUUAAUUAUAAAAAAGGCCAGUUAUUUUCGAAUAGUGGUUGAAAAAUGUAAUGUUAUAGUAAAAUGUUCGCUUUUCAUAAUCAUUUAAAAUAGGCUUGUACUCUGUGAUGUAUUCUAGACUGCUAGAAUUGUCGGAAGUUGUAUGAAUCUGGGUGUAACAAUAUUAUUAUGUGACAGAAUGCAAUUAUUAUAAAUAAACUUAAAAUUAUA